CCGCCCCUCGCCCGCUUCGCAUUUGGGAUUAGCUCGCCUAUGGAGAGAUGGUCUUAGCUGAAUUAUUUAAAGAUACUUAAGCACAGAUUUUUCACGAGUAGCCAGAGUGCUUUCUCAAUGGAGCCCCGGAUCCCCCACAACAUCACCGUCGUCCCCAACUCUGUGAUGGUCCAGCCCCUGCUGGACAAUCGGAUCCCCUACGGGCGGCUGCAGCACCCGCUCACCAUCCUGCCCAUCGACCAGAUGAAGACAACUCACAUCGAGAACGACUACACCGACAAUCCCACCGCCUCCCACCUGGCAGCCCAGAAGCGACCCCGAGCCCCCCAUGAACUGGUCUUGACCAACCAGCACCUGCAGCGCUGUGAGCAGGAUGUCACCCAUCCCUGGAUUUCGUUCAGCGGGCGCCCCAGCUCCAUCAGCAGUAGCAGCAGCACAUCCUCAGACCAAAGGCUGCUGGACCACAUGGCCCCGGUGCCUGUGGCGGAGCAGUCCUCCCCCCGAGCGGUUCGCAUUCAGCCCAAGGCGAUUAACUGCAAACCCCUGGACCUGAAGGGACCCGUGUCUCCGGAACUGGACAAGCACUUUCUGCUGUGCGAGGCCUGCGGGAAAUGCAAGUGUAAGGAGUGCGCGCUGCCCCGGACUCUGCCGUCGUGCUGGGUGUGCAACCAAGAGUGUCUCUGCUCGGCACAGAACCUGGUCAACUACUCCACCUGCAUGUGUCUCGUCAAGGGCGUCUUCUACCACUGCACCAACGAGGACGACGAGGGCACCUGCGCCGACCACCCCUGUUCCUGCUCCCACUCAAACUGCUGUGCCCGCUGGUCCUUCAUGAGCGCCCUGUCCCUGGUGCUCCCCUGCUUGCUCUGCUACCUGCCAGCCACCGGCUGCGUCAAGCUGUCCCAGAGAUGCUACGACCAAGUGAGCCGGCCCGGAUGCAGAUGCAAAAACACAAACAGUGUCAUUUGCAAGGCAUUGCCAGAGAGCAAAGGGCCAGAAAAGCCCUUUUGAUAGUUUGGGAGGACAGGGAGUGGGAGGAGGCUCCACGGAGCGAGCGAGGUGGUGUUUGUUCUUUCUAAUAACCUGUGUUCUGAGGAGAACGUUAGCCUCUUGCCUUUGGAGAAAGCAGAAGCAACUAUUUCCACGAACUGAAGCACUUUGGGUUAUUCAGGGUUUCUGGAACUGGUCACAAUUUAAAUAGAUGGGGCCAGAGGAGGAAUGUUAAUAAUGCAGAGUGAAGGCUGAAAACCUACGUACAUCAUGAAGUACAGCUGCUUAAAAUCUCCCGGUUUGGACGGACGGCUGCUCACGGUGCCUGUGCACCGCAGGAACCAUUAACUGCUCGCUUGGCAGGCACGGCCGCACAAGCAAUACCCAUUCCCAGCUGCAGAAAGCUGCCUUGGAUUCAUAUUCAGGGCGGGCUUCUUGUUUCCGCUUUCCUUCCAAACUCCAACUUGCUACCAGCAGCCUGCUGAAGGUGACGGGGUAACUCCCUCCACCUUCCUUCCCCUCCUGCACACCACUGGAAGGGCUGGUUGCACACACAGUACGUGUUUCUCAAGAGCUUUCUGCGUCCCUCAAAGAUUUUUUGAACCAGAAGUGAAGACACAUUUUGUUUGUUGCAGCGUCUUUUACCCUUUAGGCAAAUCCCACCUGGCCACACUGAUUUGGACCCUCUCUUUAAAGCAAGAUGGUAGCCUGGCUGCUCCCUCCUGGGAGGAAUAGCUGCAGGAUGUGUUCAGGCAGUUGUAUCAACACCGGGUCCUCCUGCCUGUAAGCUGAUCCAUAGCAUCAGGUUUCACUCAAUGGAAUAUGAAUUUUCCAUCAACAGUACAGACCCGCUCCAGGAGGAUGUUUGCCAAAUCCCAUUUCUCCGAGGUGUGCGCUCGUUCCCCCGAUGCCGGAGCAAAGGGAAUCUUAACUCACACCACAGAGCAAAGAUGGUCAGUGUUUGCCUCUCUAAACCUCUUAAGCUCUGGUAAGGAAUCACAAAAACCGAAGUGUACAAUGCACAUAGGUGUAUUUUUCUAGAGAUCUCAAUCCAGUACCUCCUCUCCUGGAACAAGCUCUUCUUUGCUCAUUAAAUAUUAAGAUUUUUAUUUGGUUUUGUCUUAGGGAUGAAUGGCAUUUGCUUGAAGUACAGCCCAUUCCCCUAUCCCUAUUGCUGCUGCUGGACUUUUGCCUCCUCUGUACAGAAGUGUCUUUUUAAAUGUAAAGAAUGCUUUUUAUGCUUAUUUUAGUGUUAACACACACUAGGGAAAGCCAGGGGAGGGAAGAGAGCAAAGUUAACAAAUGUGCCCGUGGUUUUCAGGAUACAAAUAUCAUUGGCUCUGUCCCUGCACUCAUCCUAGGGCUGGUCCUGCCUUCUCUUAGGAUGCAGUGACCCCCCUGAGGAUGCCACAACCCCUCUCUUGACAACUACAAGGUGCUAAACAAAAAUCUUUGUCCAAACAUGCAACACUCUAAUGGCUAGGUAGGUACUUGUUGCAUGCAGAAAACUGAUCUAGUCUCUUUGUGUGUUCUUAAUUAGAGGAGAUUUCCUCAGUAAAUGCACAGCAGUGACAGUGAAAUGUCAUCUCUAAUUAGAUAAGCAAUAGGCAGAGCUCAUGUAGCAUUUCCAGGAAUCCCGUUGGCUUGGUUGCGAUCCAGCCACCGUGAGGGGUUGGCAGGAGUGCACUGAUGGGACUCUGGUGUCUUUGGUUUUCAGAAUUCAGCUCACCUGGAUGACUUGGGGUUUAGUUAAAUUUAAUUGUAGAUAUUUAUUGAAGGGGAGAUUUAAAAACAAAACAAAAAAAAAACCCCAACAAACUUUCUAUAUUUAUAACAUUAGCUUGUACGUGAUAAAUCACAGAAAAAGGGAUAUGAUGUCUGUUCCCAGAUAACAGUUCCUAUAAUUUAGCCUCAUGUUAACUGUAUGGGGACACCAGGAAGAAGGUGGGGAUCCAGAGCUGUAUUUAUUAUCUUGCACAAAGUGGAGGGGAAAAGACAACAGAAAAACCAACCUCAAACUAGCUGAACUGUUGGUUGAAUGUAUAAGGUAUUAUAUUUAAUAAGAGAAACCAUUUUCCUAAGAUGCAAACAGACCAGAAAACGCAGCAGGAGAGGUAUUUACCUGCUGCCCUCCUCUGUUGGGACCACACGUGUCCAAAUGGCCUCCACCCAAAGUUGUUUUGCUUUUUUGACCCUCUGUCCCUGGCUGUUCCUGUGGGAUCUGUGCUGAAAAUCCGCACUAGCAAAGCCCGUGGCUUGGCUUCACGGUCCUUGUGAGCAAAGACAACGCUGGAGUGGUCGCCACUGUGCCAAUCUACACUCAUGUACAUACACCCAGCAAUCCCAGACGGAUUUCCUUUCAUUGUACAUAGCUGUAAACUAUUUCUCUGUUGGUUUGUUUUAAUAUAUAAGCCCUGUAAGCCGAUCCCAUGCUGGAAGGCUGUAAAGCAUUAGUGGAUGUGUUAGAGCAGUGGUCAAUGUAGCAGAGCGACCCUCCCUGUUCUCCUCAGCCCC